AUGCCAACAUCUGAGAGCCGUGACACCACAACAACUACAAUUACUGCAGCUCUUACGACAGCAAAGUCACCUGCUGCCAGUGCCACCUCCCAACCUGUGCUUUCAACACGUGCCAUGCAGCUGAGCCUUUCUGAGAGGAAUCUGACAAUUACCUUCAGCUGUAUUUUGGGUUUCUUUGCUCUGGUUGUCGUUGCUGUUAAGUUCAACAGAUGCAUUCAUAAAACGCAGUUCUUACAUCAACCUCUGCACAACAUAGAAGACUUAAAUGGCUCCACAACAGGCAACACACUCAUCUCUAGAGGACUUCAUGAUGGACAUCCGAUCUAUGACAAUGUACCACCAGCCGGACAAGACGAAGCCCACUUCAGCCUCGAGUUUCUUCAUUAA